AUGGCUCCGCAGCGAGAGGCAGGGCAGGGGGUGGCGCCGCCCGCCUCGCGCCUCUUCACCUGGGAGGAGGUCGCCCGUCGCGAUGGCCGCGGAGACCCUUCGCGGGAGCGCUGGCUGGUGAUCGACAGGAAGGUCUACGACAUCACCCGUUUCCACAAGAGGCACCCGGGCGGCUCCCGCGUCAUCUGUAGCUACGCGGGCCAGGAUGCCACGGAUCCUUUUGUAGCAUUUCACGUUGAUAAAACUCCAGUGAAGAAGCACAUGAAACAACUCGUGAUUGGGGAGCUGGCACCAGAUCAGCCCAGUUUUGAGCCCAGCAAAAAUAAAUUAUUAGUAGAGGACUUCCGAGAGCUACAGUCCACUGUUGAGAAGAUGGGACUCCUGAAACCAAACCCAUUUUACUUCCUCGUGAUUCUUCUCCACAUCUUACUGCUGGAUGCUGCAGGGUGGUUUGUCCUAUGGUACUUCAGGACAUCUGUGACUACUUUUAUUUUUGCUACAACUCUGCUGCUGAUUGCUCAGUCUCAAGCAGGAUGGUUACAGCAUGACUUGGGGCAUCUCUCAGUCUUCAGCAGUAUAAAAUGGAACCACAUUGUUCAUGAGUUUGUGAUGUGCCAUCUAAAGGGGCUUUCAGCCAACUGGUGGUCUUUUCACCAUUCCCAGCACCAUGCCAAACCCAACUGUUUCCUGAAAGACCCAGAUAUUGAAAUUCAUCCCACAAUUUUUUCUUUAGGAAAACCGCUUUCUGAAGAGCUGGGCAAGCAGAAGAAGAAGUACAUGCCUUACAAUCAUCAGCACAAAUACUUCUUCAUCAUAUUUCAGAUUUAUUCCAUUUAUUUCAUAUUCCAGCGUAAACUAUGGAGGGAGCUGGCAUGGAGUGCUACGUAUUUCAUCCGAUUUUUCAUUACUUUUGUGCCUUUACUGGGAGUGAAAGUAGUUUUGGGACAACUUCUUCUGCUCAAUGCUGUCAGGUUUCUUGAGAUCUGGUGUUUUACCUGGGUGUCACAAAUGAAUCACAUCCCAAUGCACAUUGACUAUGAUGAAAAUACAGACUGGGUGUCCACACAACUCCAAGCCACCUGCAAUGUGGAUCAAUCCUUUUUCAAUGACUGGUUUACCGGCCAUCUGAACUUCCAGAUUGAACACCACCUUUUCCCCACAAUGCCUCGACACAACUUCUGGAAAGUGGCUCCUCUGGUGAAAUCCCUCUGUGCCAAGCAUGGCAUUGCCUACCAAUGUAAGCCACUGCUGACUGCCUUUGGAGACAUUGUGCGCUCUCUGAAGGAUUCCGGGCAAACCUGGUAUGAUGCAUAUAUGAAUGGAUAAGAAGGAGAAACUCUUGAAGAAUUAUUCCAUCAUUAGCCAUGAAAAUACAUCAUAGACUGGGGCAGUCGACAUGGGCCUAUUAUGCGUGGGUGUUUUCCCUCACUUUCACUGUGUGUGUUUGUUGGGUUUUCUUUGUCAUUCUGCAUUGG